ACUCACCAACCCCUUAAGACUAUUGUCAACAAAACGCCUAUUUGAGUCUAUCAUCUAUCUAGCUAUGAAGUUGGAAGUAUAAACACGGAACUUUAGAAUCGGUAGCAGCUCCAUCAAUGGCUAGCGCAAGUGUUGGUGAAGAAGCUGAACAUAACAACAAUAAGCUCACUCUAUAUUCAUAUUGGAGGAGUUCUUGUUCCUUCCGUGUCCGAAUUGCUCUCAACCUCAAAGGACUCAAAUUUGACUACAAACCAGUUAAUCUCUUGAAGGGAGAACAGUCUCAUCCUGAAUUUCUCCAGCUCAACCCUGUUGGUUUUGUACCCAUUCUCGUUGAUGGCUCUGCUGUCAUUUUUGACUCCUUUGCAAUUAUCAUGUAUUUGGAAGAUAAGUAUCCUCAACAUCCUUUACUCCCUACUGAUAUCCACAAAAGAGCAAUCAAUUUCCAGGCUGUGAGUAUUGUUUCUUCAUUGAUACAACCUCUUCAAAACCUAGAUACUCUGAAGUACAUCAAUAAAAGAGUUAGCCGGGAUGAUAAACUUCCAUGGGUCCAGAGUGUAAUUAGAAAAGGCUUUACAGCACUUGAAAAGCUAUUGGAAGAUCACACUGGGAGGUAUGCUACUGGAGACGAAGUUUUCAUGGCGGAUAUAUUUUUAGCACCCCAGUUAGAUGCUGCAUCUAAGAGAUUCAACAUUGACAUGAAUGAGUUCCCUAUUCUUUCAAGACUACAUGAGACAUAUUAUGAUAUCCCAGCAUUCCAGGAGACUUUGCCUGAGAAUCAGCCAGAUGCAGUAGGCCAGCUGAGUCAAUGAUUUGGGACUGUGUUUGUAUAGAUCGACAAGAGUAUGCAAUAAGCCUACGUCAACUAAGACUUCGCGAGUGACAUUUUGAGAUGUGGUUUGGAAGAAUCUUAAGAGCAGAUUUUGAGAUACGUUUUGGAGGAGUAUCAGGAACAGACUUGGGAAAGCACUCGACCCCAUGUAGAGGAUGAGUCUUUCGACAAGCUCCAAAGACAUAGAAAAUCGAGGAAAUCGGAUAACAGAAGGGACUUAGCACUAUCAACAACUACCUUCGAUAAACAGACAAUUACUAAUUGCUAAGAGUAGUUAAAGAACAUGAGAUAAUGGUUUCGGCGGCUUCAAAGGGCUGACGACGUGGCAAUACGUUGGAAGAUGAGUUGCAUGCAUUCGAAGACUUGUCAAUUCUUUAGGAGUAAACUGCCGGAAACAGUUAUUUUUAAUUUACUAUAUAUAGCAUACUCAUAUGUUGUAAUCGAGGUCGCAAUUACAUAUACUUUUUCUAUAGAACUGGAGUAUCCAAGAUAAAGUGUGAAACAGUUUGUGAGUAAUAUGUGAGUUUUGAACCUUUUUCUUUGUACUUUUUAUGUUUCCUUAAUUGAAACACCCUUUUUCUUUUGUCA